AUGUUUGGAAUGAAUAAAAUUUAUGUAAAGGUUGUCUUAAAGCUCAACAAGCAGAUAGCUUUCUACCUUUACAAGAGACAAAUAGACAGUGAAUAUGACAUGGUAGCAGCUCUCGAUUAUGAUUACUAUCACUAAACAGUAGAGUAGGACUUUAGGAUUGGAGAGUUAGGAACAAAUUUAAAGAAAAAAACUUAUUGUGUGGCAACAUUAAAUGAAGCUUAUGAAAAAAUGCGAGAAAGCGAAUUAGUUUCAAGUGAAAUUUAGGCUAAUGAAAAUUUCGUAUGCCAAAAAAUUAAAUUUUUUUUCAAAAACCAUAUCGAUUUUUCAGAGGUUUCUAAAAUCUCUGAUACCUUUCUAAUAAAUCAUGCCAAUUAUUUAGCAAUUAAGAAGUGCUCGAACUAACUAAUCAGAGAGUUUUUCAAUUAGGUAGACUUUAAGCAAUUAGGGUUUAUCGCAGUUGAAGAAUGCCCUAUUAGUGAUUAGAAUCUAUAAGAUGUAUUAGAUUAAAUUAAUGCAUAGAAAUCGCAUGUUGAUGAUAACCCAAACAACAAAAAUUCAUCUAGCACUAAAUAGACCUAUUCAUUUAUAAAUGUAGAAAUUUAGUUAAAAAAAUGUUAAUAUCUUUCCCCAAGUGCUUUGGAUUGCCUGAAAGACUGGGAUAAUAACUCUUUUUUAGAACCAGAAAAUAAAAAAUAAGGUAACGGUCUUUCUCUGAUCGGAGUCACAUUUUUAAGAUCAACUACUCUCAUCUAAUUCGCAGCUUCAUAGUUUUAUAAAUAACUCAGAAAAAUCAAAAUAAAGAAGCAUCCAAUUCUUUAGGGUGAACAAGGGCAAAUACUAAAUUAAAUGCUUUAGUUCAGAAAUUUUACUAAGAAAUCUUAAAUAGGGCUAUACAACGAAGCUAAAAAGAAUUAAAUUCUAAACAGAGCAGAUAAUGAAAAUGAAAAUGAUAGCGAGUAUUCUGAGAGCAACUAAGAUUAGGAUUAGGAAGAAGAAAUACAAUCUGAAGUUAUCUAGAGUGAUGAAAAAUUUUUAGAUAUCAAAAGCAAUUUAGAAAGACUAUCAUUUGAUUAUAGUGUCUGCCAUGAUUUCGAUAGUCUUCCUCUUAAUUCUGAUUAUUAUACAAAUAUUAAAACAAUUUCUUAUAAUGGAUUCGAUAUUAGUGCGAAGUAAAGGAAGGAUAAAAAAGAAGCUAAGGAUUCUUUAGUCGCUAACAUCACAUUUAAUAAUAUGUUUCCUUAUUCUUUGAGAGAACUUAAAAUUCUAAAGUUAAAAUAUUGCAACAUCACAUCUAAAUGUUUAAUAAAUUUAAGACAUAUGGACUGCCUUUCUAAGAUACAAGUUAUUAGUUUCAAAGGUUGCUUCAUAGACAUGAAAGAGUUAAAAACUUUACUUAUAAGUACUAGGCUUUAAAAUUUGAAAAGCUUAAAUGUAUCAAAAACCAAUAUAGAUGAUUCAUUCUGUACAACUGUAUCAGAUAACUCUGUAGUUUCAUUUAGCUUGCAAGAAAUUGACGUUUCCAAGACAUAAAUUACUCUGAAAGGAUUAAAAUAUUUGACCUAAAUAGAUACUUUGAGAUGCAUUAAUAUGAAAAAUAUGGAUUGCAUAAAUUGUUAAAUUUCAACUUUUAUUAUUGACAUCUUAGAAAAUAAAAGAAAUCUCUUUAUAAGGUAGUAAUUGAGUCAACUUGGACUAAUAAAUGAUAAUGAAUACCAAGAUAAAGAAAGUUAAUUAGUUUAGAGAGAUUAAUUGUAGUUAAAUAAUAGCGGAGAUGUGCAUAAAGAUUAUUAAAAACUUAAGCUAAUUAGUAAAAAGAGUCCCUCUAUUGUCCAUUUAGAUUUUUCUGAUUGCAGCUUUGUCAAUUCUGCUUUGAUUGAAGAACUCUUUAAGCAUAGACUACUUAACAGAUGUGCUUAUAUUGAUCUUUCGAAUACUAAAGUCUGUAAUAAAUUUAUAGACAUUUUAUUAGAAUCGUCUUAAUCUAAAGAAAAUAGUUUACAAGAAUAUUGGGUUUCUCAUAAGCGAAAAGCUUAUGAUAAGUCAAAUAGUGUUUCUAUUUUAGAAGCAUAAGAGGCAGAAAGUAUUCAUUUAAACUUGAGACAUCUAUCCAUCAGAUCGUGCAAACAGAUAAGAGGGUUUAAAAUAAGAGGAUUCUUUAAAUACGUUUAGCUGCCUAGCUUGGAAAUACUAGACAUGAGCUAAACAAAUUUGUUUGAUGAUUCUCUGAAUAGAUUUAUAACAUAUUUCUAUGAUAAUUUUUCUUAGCUAUGCAAGCUAAAGAUUAAUACAAUUAAAGCAUCCUCCAAAGAGUUAUCUAAUUUAAGGAUGCUACCUGAAAAGAAUCUGGUUUAUAUUGAUUUGAAAAGAACUAAUUUUGAUGACGAAGCAUGUGCUAGAUUUUUUAGUGAUUAAAACAAUAAACUCUUAAGAACCUUGUAGUAUAUGAGUAUCAAAGACUGCAACUAACUCACAACUAGAGGUAUUGAGUCAAUGAUAGAUGGAUUAGCAAAUGAAUCUUAUGCUUAAAUAUUCACAAAGAGAUUCCAAGUAAGCGAAGAGUAGAAACAAGAGAUGCUAGAAAAUGAGAAAAAACGAAUGAAAGAUGAAUUAGAAUAGUAAAAGAAGAGAAAAGAGGAAAUAAAAAAGAAAGAAAAAGAAAUGAUGAAAAAAUCAAAGAAAUCAAGCAAGGAUAAUUCAUCUAAGUCCAAAUUUAAUUUUAAUUUUGGAGGAAUCUUAGAUAUUUUUAAAUCUGAUUAGAAUAAACAGAGAAAGGUUUGUGAAAAUUUUGAUGUUUUUUAAAUUUUAUAAGAUUGCUCUCAUUUAGUUACAGAUGAUGUCUUUAAUUAAUUUAUUGUCAAUCUAUAGCACAUGGUAUAAAACAUAUUUGAAAUGAACCUAAAUAGUAUGGGAAGACUAGUUCUAAAUGAAUUCAGCUUUGAAAAUCCAUAGAUCUAAAAAGAUAUUUUCAAAAACCUAGAAAUCAUUAACAUUAACGAUACAAGAAUCACUAAUGUUUUUGUUUAAAAUUUACUGAAAUUUUGGAUUUCAGUUAACUCUGAAAAGAAAUCUGAAGAUUUCAAAAUGAAGAACUUUAUAUUUAUUAAAUGUGCCAAGGCUCACUUUGUUGACUCAUCGAUACUUGAUGUCUUUAGAAAGAACUCUGAUUUAAGACACAUCAUAAACAAGACAAAAUUCAAAAUAGAAUUACUACUGAAUGAAGUAGGAUAAAAGAUUUAAGAUGAAAGUUUAUUGUUUAUGAAAGAUUUAAAAAAGAAUUUAGAAUCAAAAAAUGUAUCAACAAAUAUUAGAGAGCUUAAUUUAGAAAAUAAUUAAUUCCUUUCAUAGACAGGGUUUUAAACUUUGCUCUCAUCAAAUUGGAUGAAAUUUAUUAUGAGGUUGAAUGUAAGAAAUACAUAAUUUGGAGAUGCAUAGCUCGAGUACAUUUACAACAGUUAAUUAAAAAGUAGCCAUCACUCGCUUUUUUCAAAACUUUAAUACAUUGGUAUGAAGGGAUGUUUGUAUGUAAGUAAGCAAGGGCUUCAUUUACUUUGCAAAAUGGAGAAACUAAAUGAAGGGUUUGAUUUAGGAUGUAUUUGUGAAUUAAAAAUGCUGAUUGAUGAAGAUCUUAUGAAAGCUAUGGCAUAGUCUGUUUACAUGUGUAAUGCUGAUUAUCUUGAUUUGUCAGACAAUGGAUUCAAAAAUAUUGAUAUCGGAUUUAAGUAUCUUUGCUUUAAGGGUCGUGAAAAAAGAUUGAAAUUAAGAACUAUAAAUGUAUCUUCUACCUGGAUUUCAGAUAAGGCUCUCUAAAGUUUAGCUGUUACAGAGAAUUUUUGCAAUUUAGAGAGAAUUAUUCUAACAAACUGCAAAAAGAUUAGUGAAAGAGGUAUAUCUUAUUUAGUUGAUUCUAGGAUGCUCUAUAAUCUUGAUCUUUUCUAUCUAUUCAACUCUAAUCCUUCAUUAGUUAGUGGUAGAGUCAUAGACACAUUAAAAUACUCAGACAGAAAAAAAACUAUCAAAGAAAUUAGUUUGUAAGGUUCACUCUCUCAAGAUAAAGAAGUGAACAACAUUAUGUAAGAAAUAGUUUCAAAGAGCUUACUAAUUAAAACAAUUGACCUAAGAAAAACUUCUUAUAUUAGUAUCUAAGGUCUUUCAUAUGUUUAUAGUAUGAUGUAGUGGAAUGUAAUUAAAAACAUGUCAAAAGAUGAUGAUGGUUGUCAUUUAGAAGUUCUCAUAAUUGAUAACAAUCGUUACUAAGAAUUUAAUGUGAGGUAUUCUUACUAAGAUAUUAUGAAUCAACUAACAAAGGAUCAAAAAGAAGCUAUCUAAUUCGAAGAGAAGUAAAUUGAAGAAUACAAAUUACCUUCUGAAGAACCUAAAAAGUAUAUGGAUAAAAUUCCAUAUGCAUCAGCUAUGUAAAUGACACCAGUGGUGUUUGCCUAACAUUGCAAAGAACUAAAAGAUUAAUACCAACAUAAGAUUCUUACUUCUAAUAAGCCAACUAAAUUAAAUGAAAUAUUUAUAGGAAGCUUUGUAUAGGACUUAUUUUUAAGUGCAAACAGCUUGAAAAAAUUCAGAUAUGACUACUUUAUCAAGAGAUUUGCAUUAAAUAUAGAUAAUAAAUUCUUUGAUUCUUUAAGUUUGUGUGAUUAAAAGUGGUCUCUUCAAGAGGAAGUAGAUGGAAGAAAUGAAAAGAAGGCUUCAAAUUAAAAAGAUAGCUUAAUGAAGAACCUUAAUAAAGGAUUUAAAAACUAAGAAGAGAAUUAAGAAGAUCAAAACUAGGCAAGCUAAGAAUUCCCUAAUUUUAAAGAUAUAUUUGAGUACUUAUACUUGGCAUAUAAUAAGAUCCUUAAUGAUGAUUCUAUGUGCAGGUUCUUCUUAAGCACCUAAAUUAUCAAGAAUCUAAAAGAAAUAGAUAUCUCUUACACCUUGCUCACAGAAAAGGUUGUCCUUGCAAUUUGUGCAUCUGUUUAUCUUAGAGAAAGUCUAUAAAUUAUUUUCUUUGAAAAGUGCCCAAACCUAAAAAUAAAAAAAUCUCUUGAAUAUAUUCUUUUAACAGAUUUUUAUUCUUUCAAAUAUCAAAGUUUACUAUCAUAAUAUUACUAUGAGGUAGAUGACGAAAUCGUAUCUCUCAUUUUAUACAAAUUCACUGAUCAAGAGUUGAGAUAGCUUAACUUCUAGUACUCAAAAAUCACUUCGAAAGGACUGCGUCUGAUCGGAAAUAGCUCAAGAUAAGAUACUAUUGAAUAAUUAGAUUUGGCAAAUACAGGUAUUGAAGCUGAAGAGUUUGAUAAUUUUAUGUCAAUUGAUAAAACUCCUUUCCCGAAAGGUCUGAAAUAUAUGUGGAUAGAGAAUACAUAUAACCUUACGGAUUAAAAAUUUAGUGAACUAAGAUUCUGGAAAACGUUUUGUUCUGAUAAUUUUGAUUUGAUGGAAAUGUUAUAGAGCAAGCAGAGAAGACUUUCUGCUACUCUGAAGCACUUGGCUAACAAAGAAAUUAGAGAUUAUAUUUUUAAAAAAUCCUACAUCUAGCUAGAAAUAUUCCCAUAAAUUUAAUCUGAAACUCUUAUUUAACUAAUAAAUGAAUGUUUUGCAAAAGAGAGUGAUACAUUUAAAGAAUUGAAAUACAUAUAUCUAAACUUUAGAAAACAAAACUACUAAGCUCUUAAAAAUUGUUUUGAAUGGAAUCCAAAAGAAGUGAACAUCUAAAAAGUUUGUGAAAAGUUUAGCUUUAAAAUUAUUUCAAUUCCAAGUGAGUAUCAAGGUGUUCCAGCAAUUAAAUUGCUGACAUAAAAUCUUUAAUCUAAAAUUUAACAAGUGAAAGAUUCAAUUUAAUUUGAGACUUACGAAUACUUAACGGCAUUAGAUUAUAAAUAUAUUUUGCAACUGAACAAACUCAUUAAUAACUAAACACUUUUAAAGCUGGUACUUGACAAUACUGAUAUUUCUGGUAAUCUCUUCUCUAAAUUAUGUGAUUCGAUCGUUGGUAAAUAUAACUAUAUCACAUAUGUAUCAGUAAAAAACAUCCAAUAGAUAAGAGAUGAGCAUAUUAUUAAUAUGCUUUUUGAUGUGUCAACAGAUGAAAUAAUAUCUAGCUUUUAGCAAAUAAAAUUGAAUAAUUAAACUACUAAACUAUCAGAAAUGAUGUAAAACAAAGAGCUCAAGAAAAAAUAAACAGAAAUGAAAUUGAAGCAGUUUGCAGAAAUAAAAAAAUUCCCCUAUCUAGUAGAUCUAAAUAUAGAGGGCACUAAAGUCACACAAAAUAGUUUGUGCUAAAUUCUUUCAACAAUUCCAUUUAAUAUGAGUUUUAGAAUUUAAAAUCUAUUUAAACAAUACUGUGAAUCUACCUAUUCCAAAUUAGAUGACCAUGUGAUAUACGAAUUAAGCCAAUCUCCAUACCUUUAGAAUUUUACUACUCUUGAUAUUACUAAAAUAGAAUGCACUUCAUCUUCUCUGAUCAAAAUAUUUAAGUCACAAAAAGCCAUUAACAUUAAGGAAAUAUAUUUAAACACAACAAAUAUCAGCGAAGAUGCGUUUGUGUCUCUGGCUAAUUCUAAAAAUUUACCAAAACUAUAAAAAAUAUCUAUCAAAGAUGAUGAUAAAAUUUUAGUAAAGUCUUAUCAUUAUUUCUUGAGAGCACAGUACUUGAGCAUGAAUUUAAAAAUUGAAAAUCUCAUGAAAAAACCAGAAGUUGUUGAUACUUCAUAAUUUAUUCAAGCAAUGAUUAACUCUUUCUACAUGAAUAACAUUAAAUUUAUAGAAAUAAAUAAUUGCAAUCUCUUUAUGAAUUAAAUAAAGUCUCUCUUCAAACUCUCUCGUUUUACAGGAUUUAUUGAUAGAGUUACACUUAACGAUGUCAAAGAUGCAGAAGAAUAUAAGGAUGUAUGGAUCACUAUCGCUUAAUCAAAAAGCUUCCCUAGACUACAAUAGCUGUCUAUAAAAUCGUUAGAAAUCAAAGAACAUUUAAUUAUACUGCUCAAGUAAAAGUAUAAACCUAAAUUUGAUAUUGAAUCUCUCUUAAAAGAUAAUAAGAAACUUAUUGAUGACUAAAUUAUUGUUGAAAUUGCAUAACUCCCUCAUCUCUUGAACUCCAAAGAAAUCGAUCUCAGUGAUUUAUAUAAAAUAAAACCAAGAGCUUGGGAAGCAUUUGCUAAUAGUAAGUAUGUAGGAAAUUUGAAAACAAUCAAUUUCUCAUUUUGCACUCUGAUGAGCUCAAAAACUGAGAAUGAUUAAUAAAUUCUUAACUAUUUUAAGCAGGAAUAAGAUUUCAAUGAAAAGACUAAGUGCUAGAGCCUAUUUUAGAAGAAUAACUUCUUUAAUCUAGAUAAAAUUAUUAUUAAUAACAAUAAAGGAUUACAUAUAAGUGAGAUAGAAUACAUUUUGUAAGCAGUAAAGAAGCGCCAUGUUAGUGUUAGAUUUGACUUUGAGGAUAUAUUUAUUUAAUUGAUAGAAUAAGUGAAACCAUUUUUAAUAGAAUAUGCUGAAUAAGAAAUGGAUGAUGAAGAAGAAGAUGAUGAUUUCGAUGAUUUAGAUGAGGAACAGCAAGAAAUUCUAAAGUAAUUAUAAGAUAAUUCGAAUAAGGAUUAGUUCAAGAAUAAAUAGGAAUUAACUUACUAUAUUUGGGAAGAGUAUAUUCCUAAAUUAAAUUCACUAUUUGAAAAAUAUUUCCUUAAGACAAGAGAAUGGUAUAACAAGCGUCACACUACAUUAGACCUAACUUACUUUUAAUUUUUGAUUAGAUUUGUCGAUUUUUAGAAUGUAUUUAGACAAAUUUAAGAUUUGAGUUGCAUUCAACACAUGAAAUUUUACAAUUUCGGUUUUGAUAGUGUUUUUUCAUAAAAAGACAUGAAAUUUUUAAAUUUAAAAACAGUGAAAAUACUUGAUCUGUUUAAUGAAAAAAGUCAUUUAACAGACAAAACAGGUUAAUAAUUAUCUAGAGUGAUUAACUAAUAGUACAUAAAGCCUUAUUAUUUCAACAUCAACUCUUUUAUUGAAAAUUAUACAAUAAAUUAAAGAAUACAAAAUAUCUUCUUAAACAGUAAGUACAUGGAAAUUUAAGAGCAUUUCAUCAUUUACUUGCAAUUUAUAGACAAAGAUCAAAUUGAAAGGAUUUUUGCAAAAAAAAUGUAAUUUUCAGCUUACAAAAUAGACAUCAGAGAAUCAUAAAGUGAUGAUAAAAAUGAAAUUGAUAGAGCAUCAAAUAUAGAAAAGUAGGAAUUAUUUUUGACAAAGCUAGCAGAGAGUAAGUGCUUUUCUGGAAUUAAACAAUUAGUUACAGUCCUACCCAUAUCUCUAAAGUGUGCAAAACUGCUCAUAAAGUCAGACAUAUUCUCUCGUAGUUUUGAUAUUUAAAGUUUGGUAGCUUAAACAGAGGUAGAUGAAGAAUAUUUUGAUAUACUUUAAAAUUCUAGUUAUUUCUAAUAUCUAAAUUAUUUGCUCAUUCCUAAACUUGCAGAGGUGAGUAUUGAUAAUCAAUAAUCCAAUUCUAAACAAUAGCAAUCAUAACAAUCUAAUAAUUAAUCUUCCUAAUCUGGCGAUACACUAUAAAAAGGAAAAAAAUUUAAAUUGAACUUUUAAAAAUUGAAUAUCAAUAGAAUUUAGAGACUUACAAUGAUAAAAAUAAUUGAGCAUGUAGAAGACCAUGAUUUUCUUUUGAAUUUAUUUAAAUAAGAUAAUGUGAGGUUUAAUUCAAAUCUGGCUUAAAAUGAUAGAAUUGAUUUUAAAAAACUUGAAUCAGUUCAUUUUUAGAAGCUAUUUACUUAGCCAUUUUAUGGCUUUGAUUGGACUUAAGUGUUUAAUCUACUUUAAAAGAACCUAGCAAGUAUAGAUGGUUCUGUUUAUGAAGCAAUAUUAUUAAAUAAGAGUGCAUGCUUUUUCUUAAAUAAGCUAGAAAUUCCAGACAGUGUAAGUAAAGAAAUAGCAGGAGAAAUCAUAGAAUAAAUUACAAAGACUAUGGAUAAAAUAAAAGAUUUUAUGCCUCUACUUUAGUUGUAAAAACUGAUAAUUAAGUCAUUCCCAGAAAAUUCGACAAAAAUAAGAGAUUUCUUUUUAUUCAUUUAAAACUUAAAAGAAAUACAAUUCAAAUAAGAUAUCUAAUUUGGAUUGGAAGAAGCUAAGACUCUGCUCAGUCAUACAAAAAAUACUAACUUAGCUGAAACAGUCAUUAAUUGGAUUUUACCAAAUUUAAAUUUGUAGUAAAUACAAGAACUAACUGAAGUUAUUAAAGUAGAUAAAGAGAUUCCUGAAAAUGUUAGCUAUCUUGAUUUUUCUGGAAAUCAACAUCUUAUCAGUAAAGAUUCUCUAACUAAAUAGAUUAACGACCUUAGAACAAACAAAAAGAAAACUAAAGAAGAUGAAUUUGAUGAAAUGAAUUAGGAAGAAAAUUAAGAAGAAAAUAAUAAAGAUGGAGCAGAAGAUGAUGAUAAAGAUAAGGAUAAGAAUAAAAAUGAAUAGGAUAAUAAAUUAGAAGAUGGCGGAGCUAUGGCAGGAGCAGGUGGAGAUUAAGAAGAAAACCAAGGAUAAAAUGAGGAUGGAUAAGGAAAUGAUGACGAUAAAGGAGAAAAAAAUAAUGAAGAAAACGAUAAAAAAGAUGUUGAUAAAAAAUAAUUAAUUCAUUAGAUUUAAGCUUUGCAAAAGAAUUCUAUCAACGAAGACAAUCUUUAUGAAUUCUUAAGUCUUUUUAAAGGAUUAAGAGAAAUUAGCUUAAGAAAAACCACAGCAGAUAGUUAUCAUCUUGUCAAAAUCAAAAAACUCAAAUAAUCAAAUUUACUGCACUUUAUUAACUUUGAAGACUGCUUUGAGAUUAAAAACAGUGUCACUUUUAACAUCCUUCUAAGUGAUGAUCUCAAGCCAUGGUUUUAAUUAAACAAGUAUUUGGAUAAUCUCCCUUUGAGUAGAGCGAAGCAAUAAAAACAAUUUUUAAAGAAUCUUUUUGAAUGCGACUUCUUUAAGCACAACUUUAAAUAUUUAAAUUUUGAUUUUAUUUUAAAAAUAAAUUAAUCUAAUAAUCAUGAACUACUAUAAAUGUUCGAAUUUAUCAUUAAGAAGAUCAUAUUUAAUUUAGAUAUAACUGCAUUGAUGCAAAAUUUACCUAAUUACAUGAAGCUAGCUGUCAACGAUAAUCAUAUAGAAAAAAUAUGCAAAGAAUAUGGAAGUGUUCAUUAUCUACAGCCUGAAAAAUUCCCUUUAGUUUAAUAUGGAUUUAAUCACAUACUUUAGUAAAAAAAUAUACCAACAUCUAUAAGACUGAUGUACCUUCUAAAUGAAACAUUUUAAAAGAGAAUUAGCGCGUCUUCUCUUUCUUUGAUUUAUCAGUUGGCACUUGAAAGUGAUAAAUUAAAAUAAAAGAACAUUUUGAAAGAAAAUGAUGAAUAACUUAAAUAGCUACUUUUAGUAACGAAAAAGAAAGCACAAAAAAAGUAAUUAUAAAUUUAAAGAAGAAAAGAAAAGAUGGAGAAACAACUGUAAAGACUUAAAGAUAGAAAAUAUACAAAAAUUUUAAAUGCAGUAGGAAAGAAAGUUCCACAAAGUAAGAUUGACCAAAAGAAGAAAAAGUAAUAAGAGCAGUUGGCACCUUAAAAAUAAUUAACAUUAAAAGAAUCAAAAUAUAAGAGUGGUGACUCUAAAAUGGACUCUCCUCUUUUAACUCCUUAGUAAGAAGAAUUUUUACCUCAAAAUGAUCCUUUUGAUGAUGGAGAAGUUGAAAAAAAAUUAAACGAUGAUAGUGAAUUCAUGCUAAAUGAGCGUGAGCUUUUCAAUCAAGAAUAAAGGAAACAGAAUCUUGAGCUUUUAGAAUAAAGCGCUUCACAUGAAAAAGAAGAAUAACAAGAUUAGGAAUAUUUAGAUUAAGUUGAAAAAGAACUUAAUGAGGAAAAUGAAGAAGAUGAAGAUUAAUAAAAUGAAGGAAAUGAAGAAGGAGAAGGAGAAGGAGAAGAAGAAGAAGAUAAUUAAAAUUAAAGUGAUGAAAAAAUAGAUUAAGAAGAUCAAGAAAUAAAUAAUUUUGAAUAAGAAAAUGAUGAAGAAUAACAUCUGAAUUCUUAAUAAAAUGAAGACGUAAAGAGUGAUGGAGAAGAUUUUUAGCAAAAACAAAAAUAAGAUGAAAUAAAAGAUGAAGAAAAUAAAUUUUUGUCAAAUGGGGAUAAUUAAAGUCAAAGAGAAUAAGAGUAAAAGAGAGAUAAUGAUUAAGCUAGUGACAGAAUAAGCGAUGAAAAGAAUUAAGAUAUAGAUUAAAACAUUUUAAGCCAAUAAAAUGAAAAAGCUGAUGAAAAUGAAAAAGCAGAAGAAAACGAAAAAAUUGAUGAAAACGAUAAAGUUGAUGAACAAUAAGAAGGCUAAGAAACUACAACAAGCAAAAUGCAAACUUACUAAACAAUAUAAAAGUUAAAAUUUGGAAGUACAAAUGAAAAAGAUAACUUAAAAGGAGCAUUAUCACUAGAAGAUGACUUAAAAUAAUAAAAUAACAUUUAUAAAAAAAUAGUUCUUCCUCAAGAUUCUUCUUAUAUUAAUUCUGCAAAUGCAGCAAUUUAGCAGUCAGAGAAUAAAACCAUAAAUGCCCAUUAAAAUACUAUAAAUGAAGAGAAUAACUUGAUGAGUUCUUAGGAAAAUGAAUCUUAGUCUCAUACUCCUUUAUCACAUAAAAAAAGAAAAAAUAUGGAACAUAGAAUGAGUGUUGCAUAGACUGCCUCCAAGUUUUCUAAGAAAACAAAAACUAAGAAAGAAAAAACUUUAAAAUUAAUAAAACAUUAAUUUGAUGAAAUCAAAAUGUCUCAAUUAACUUUGCAAUCUAAUACUUCUCGUAUUUAUAAUAACCCAAUUGCUUUAAAACUACAUAAAGAGCUUGUUAAGCUGCACUUAAUGAGUGAAGAUCUGAAAAAUGAAGAUAAAAAAAUAAAUGAAUUUACUUAGAAAUACAAAGAUUUAGAUAACUAAAUUGAUGUUUUGGAGUUUGAAAUACAGCUACUUGAUACUAAUAAGCGUGAUAAUAAUUAUGAAAUUGAGAAUCUAUUUUCUUUUAUAGAAGCUCUUAACUUAGGCGAGAAUAAUCAUCUGAACAUUUAUGGUCUCAACUAUUACAUAUCUCAACACAUCUAACCUUGGAUCAAGCUUAAUUAGAAUAUACUAGAGCUAAAGGAAGGUAAAGAUAGAUCUUCAAAAGUUAAAAAUUAGUUUUAGGAAAAAGAAGAAGAUGACAUGAUUAGUGGUGUUAUUAAUCCUGAUCAUGUCUUAGAUGAUAAACUGUUUGAGCAUUUGAGUUAUUUAAUUGAAGAGCGCCUUAAGUAAUUAAGAGAAAUUAACUUAAGAGGGUUAAAUGUUAGUGAUGAUUUCGCAGAAAAGUUCUCUCUAAUUCUAGGUGAUGAUGGUAAAUUGACUCAUCUCAAUUUACUUGACCUAUCAUAAAAUCGUCGUUUAUCACCUUUUGGUUUAAAGUUUUUAUUUUCAAGUAUAGUUAAUCGUAUCCCAGAGGGCUUUAAGAUUAUUAUUAGUGCAACAGGUAAUGAUGCUGAUCAUCUUAGGCUUUAAGUAGAACUGCUAGAAAGAAGUAUCAUGACUGAAGCUGUGUGGGUUGUCAAAAAAUAUAAAAAAGAAAUAGCCCAUUAUAUUAAAAAGAAUAAAAAGAAAUUAAAUGCUCUCACUGAUAAUAAAAUAGUUCCUUUUAAUAAGAGACCUUCAAUAGAAGAUUUAGAUAGUGCAGAGAAUCAUGUAGCAAAUCCUUAGUAGCUGAAUUUAUAGAUGUUUGAUCCAAAUAUACCUAAAUUUUUUGAUGAAGAAGAAGAAUAAAAAAAUUAAGAAGACGAUUUGAGUAAAGAGAAAAUUGAACUUGAUGAAGUUCAAAAAGAAUUGUAAAAGUUAGAUUACCAGAGUGAAAUAAGUUAAGAUGAGAGAGAUCAAAAAGAAUAUGAGAGCUAAGAUUUAAAGUUCUUAUUUAUAGAAGAGUAGCAAUCAUUGGAUAAGAAAAUUGUAAAAAAAUUAGAAUAAGACAAAACUUUUAAAGAUAAAGUACUGAGACUCAGAAAUCUUUAGAAAGCUUACAAGAAAGCUCUUGAAGAAUGUGGAGGAGGGCUCUCUUAAGUUGUAGAUGCUCGUAUGAUAGUGCAAAAUAUUGUGAAUCUAGGUUUGUUUGAUGCAAUUAAUUUAAUAGUUAAAGACACAUGGAAAAAGAAUAAAAUAACAAUCUUAUUUAUUAGCUUGAUCUUAUUCCCAUUAACUGCUUUCCAUUUAAUUAUGCUUUUAAGUUUCAAAAUUUAAUACUAUAUUAAGAAAAUUAUGGCUUCAUUUAGAAAAUCUUCGAAAAAAAAGAUUGAAAACCAAUAAAUUAUUGAAUUUGAUAAAAUGGUACCAGAGAACAUAGAAAAUACUGAUUUUUAUUUUGAUGAAGAUGUAGCUUAAUUAGAUAUUUUCUUAGCAAGAAAUAAAAAUAAAAAAAGCUCAACUGAUUUUUUGAGAAGGCAAGGAAGAUUGCUAGCUGAAUAUAUCAAAAGUCCAUUAAAAAAGAAUUUUGACAAAAUUUAUGAAGAAAUUACUAACAAUAGAGUAAAGGAAAGGCAUAUAGUAAAGUAUGUAGAUCUUCUUUUUUGGAUUAACAUAUUUGUAAUUAUAAUUGGACUUACUGUUCUUUAUCCUUUCUUUUUAGUUCGUUAUUAUUUACCUGAAUACGAAUCCAAAUAUAGCUGUGGUAAAUAUCCUGUUUAAUACGAUACACCAUUUUUAUUUUUUACAUCUAUGAUGGUUGUUUUGGAAGCUUUUGUUUUGUAUGAUAUUUAAAAUAUCAUUGUCUCAAAAAAAAUAUUCACAAUGAAAAGUAUUUCUGUGAUCUUGCUGCUGUAUAAUUCAUUCAUGCUCCGAUACAGCGUUUAUUCAAAUAUGGUUUUUUCCCACAACAUUUACUUUUGUAAAACAGCUGAGGAUCUAGGAUUGGUAGCUUUGAUAUUUUUGCAUGUUUAAAUAGUGUGGACUGUUAUACCAGCUUUGAUAAAUAUGAUAUCUAUUUACAGGUUAAAAAAAUAGUCUUUAUCAAAAUCAAUACAUAAUACAGCAUUUAUCAACUUAUUUACUUAAAUUGGAUAGUAACUUGAUUUUAUGGCACUUAGUUCUCUACUUGAUAGAUUUUCGACUUCUUCAACAAUUUAGCUUACUGGGUUUUUCAUUCCAAACUUUUUAAAUAAUGUCAAAAUUCCUUAAAUUUUACUCACAAAAUUCUAAAAACUAAUUUAUCUCGAUCUUCCUACUAUUUCUAUUCUUUUGGUCUAUAACAUUAGAAAGAGUUCUGCUGAAAGCAUAACAUCUUUUACAAACUUAAGAGUUAUUAUUACCACAUUUUUAAGUUUAUACGGUUCUUUGAGUUAAGCCUGGCUUGCCCAUCCAAGUUUGUUCAGAACAUACUAAAUGCAAGACUACUUAAAGUUCAGAUAAAAUACCUCCUAAAUUUAUAAGAUAAAAAUAGGAACAGUGGAUAAUAUGCAGUACUUUAAAUUAUAGGACGUACUAAGCAAAACUUUUAGAUUCAACUAAAAAUACACUCUUAAAAUAGAGACAAAAGAAGAAAAAUAAGCAAAACUCAAAAAAGAAAAAGAAAGAAAGGAAAGAUAAAAAAGGUAAAAAGCUGAUGGAAGCUCCAAGGUUGCUAGUAGCUAAGCUGGUUCGUAGGUUUCGGAAUCUAGAAGCCAAGCAGCAGGUUCUUAGAGAUCAAUUGGGUCCUAAAAUAGCAUAUAAUCUAGGCAAUCACAAGUUAAUGUAAAAGAAGAAAAUGUUUUUGUUGAUAAGAGAAAGAUAAUUACUCCUGAAAACUUUUAAUAACUUCUUAUCGAAUUCAUUAAAAAAAGUGACAAGCUUAUACUUGACGAAGAAGCUGACUAAUAAGAAUAAAAAGUUGUAUGA